AUGCACUAAAAUUUAUACAUAUAUAUUUUUAUUUAUUAUUAAUAUAAUUAAAGUAUAUAAAUAAUAAAAUUAAUUUUUAAUAUUUUGAUUCAAUUUCUUUUUUAAUGAAAAGUUCACAUAACCAUCUAAAUGAUUAUUGCUAAUUUAUGGCUAAUAGAACUAUCAUCUUUAACGUUUUUAUCAUUUAAAUAGUGUGUACAGAACAAUCAGUGACAAUUUUCUACUGACGUUUAUCGUUUAUUGUUUAUUGUUUAUUCUUAAACUUAGAAAUAAUUAAUAAUGAAUGACGAUCCACGAGAAGUACUUGUUCUUCUUAAUUCCUUAGGAUUUGUUGGAAUUACCGCUCAACAACUUAAAGCAUUUAUGAAAGAUUUAAAGUUAUAUAGGAAAAUAAAAGAUCGCGAAAGACAACAAAAAAAAGAAGAAAUUAAAAGAAAAAUAAUAAAUAAGCAAAAAAAUAUGAUUAAAGAAAUUCUUAGAGAACAAAAAACAGAAUUUCAUUCAGUUGAAAAUACUGUAUCAACUAAUUCUUCUAGUUCUUAUAUUGAUGAUACCAUUGUAAAGGUAAAGUUGACAAAGUUGUCGUGUGACAAAGAAAAUAGAAAUUCUAUAAAUUUCAAAGAAAACUAUGCAAAUACAAGACACAAAAUGGAUAUUAUACAAUCAAAAUCUAUGAAAACACAAAAUCAUUCUAAUGUUAAAUCUAACAACAUUGUAUCAGAUAAUGAAGAUGAUAGAUUUUAUGUAAAAAAUGAAAGUAAUUAUGAAGAAUGUUUAAAAAAAGAUUUUCAUGUAGAAACACAUGAUAAAACAAAUAUGCAACAUGAUAAAAUAUUAAAUCAAAAAAAAUUAUUAUCCCAACAAUCUUUUCGUCCUAUGAGUGCACCAAAUAUUUUAGAGCACCAACAUUACAAAUAUGUUACAAGUAGUCAAACAAAAAGUACAUCAUCUACAAAAAACACUCAUUCUGGAACAAAAUCAUACCAUGGAGAUUACAACCAGAAGCUCAAAAAAGUAAAUAUGUUGGAAAGACUGAUCCUGUUAUAUUAUAUCAAAAAUAUCAACAAGAAUGGAAACAAAUGUCAUUUCCUGGAGAAGCAAAACAUGCAAAUGUAAGAUGGGCAAUUCGUGAAAAAAUGUUAGGUACAGAUCCUCAUCCAAUACCUCUUCCUAGAAAAUCAACUAGUAUGCCAACAUUGAAGAAAAAAUAAUUUUAUUUGUAAUUAAAAUGUGAAUUUUAUUCCAUGACAAAUAAUUAAUGAAAAUAAUUUUGAUAUAAUUAAGAUUGUUAAAAUAUCAUAUAUUGUUAUACAAAAUAAGAUAAAUUUUUAUAAAUAAUAAAUAUAUUUUACUUCUGUA